AUGCUAAAUGAAGAACAUGCGAUUGAACUUUUAGAGUUACUGGCACGGUACGAUUAUCUACUGGAACAGCUCGAAGCUACUUUCAGCAGUGGCUUCAAUCAUUUAAGCAGAGCUAACUAUCAUAACAAAGAUUCCAUCCGCGGUAGGUAUGGAAGCGACUACUGGGAUCAAACUUUCAAGGGAAGUCAAUUUGUGACUUCUAGCGAAUCGGGACUGGCUUUGAUGGGGAAGGAACCGCUUGCAAAUUAUUUGGAAUCUUUCAAAGAAAAGGAUGAAGAUGUCGAGUUAGAAAGCAAGAAUGGAGCGCAGGAAGAUACUUUAAGGAAACGAAAGGAUCAAAUGAUAUCCAAAAAGAAAGAUGCCAAGACUCUCGAAAGGUUGAGUGAUCCUAUUUUUAUGUUUGGUGGAGCCUUGUCCGUCCCCUCUUCGCUCAGACAAUGCCAGAGUAGUUUCAAAGGUAGCUUGGGGCUCAUAAUUGAGCUAGUAAAUUGCAGGAGAAAGAUCGAUGCUUUUAAACCAUGA